AUGUCUAAUGCAAUGAACAAUCUUUCACAGUCAAACCCGAAACAAGUCGAGAUGCAGGCAGGUGAAGAGGUGGGACAGAAAGCCGUCCACGCGCUGCAAAUCACCAACACAGAGUGGACCUUUUGGCUACCCACCCUCGAGGAAGUUUACGAGGAGUGCAGUUUCGACACCACAUCGCUGAGAAAAGAAAAUUACGAGGAGAUAUUGAGUAGACAUGCAGCACCUGGAGGCGUUGAUGGCAUGUACGUCUACGACCGGCCGCGGUCCCGAUUAACGGCCGAAGGUGAAAAGGGCUCCAUGAUGAUCAACUACUACAAGGACGAGUCUAGCAAAACCAUGAAGAUUGUAGCAGUACGAAUGGGGUUGUAUCAGAAGGACGACUCGAAUAAAUUCAGAGCCGCCACCCGCACAAGUAUCAGGUGGGCAGCCAGUGAGACAGCGGACUACAGCACAUUUAUGGAUGUGGAGAUCAUCGGGGGCCGACACAGCGUCGCCCGGUGGCCCAAGGCAGCCUACAAAUGUGCGCCUGAUGAUUAUCCAAUCUCCACGCUGGAACUUUCUCAGAGCAUCAGGCAAAAGCAAAAGCACGCGUACAGACAUGCUCAGAAUUCCGAUGUUGCCAAGGAGUUGGAGGAGAAUGAGCAAUACCUUCUCGUCAGCCAUCGACGCAACAAGAUACUCGCGGAGCAGCUCGCUGAGUCAAAGAAAAAGACUUCAGAAGCGAAUGAACUCAAGAAGAAGCACAACGCCACAAACACCAAGCUUAGAGCCGAGAAUAAGGACCUCAAGGCCCAACUCCAGAAGCAUCUGAACAACUCCAAUGACGUGGAGCGGCUCAGAGAUGAACUACUGGGGACGCAAGAAGCCUUUGAUGAGCUCAAGAGACAGUACAAUGAGCUUCUCGAACUCGACGACCUUCCGUAA